AUAUUGAAGACUUCCAUCACCUGAUAUUUUAAACUCCUUUUCAGUGACGAUGGCUACUACAUCCGCUCAACGACAUCGAUGGACGUAUGAUGUCUUUGUAAGCUUUAGAGGUGAAGAUAUCCGUAAAAGCUUUAUGGACCAUCUCUUUAAGGAUUUUGGACAAAAGGGAAUUCAUGCGUUUAGAGAUGAUAAGGAUCUCAACUUAGGUGAAAAGAUAUCUCCUAAUCUCGAUAAAGUCAUUGAAGAAUCGAGAUUUUUGAUAGUUAUCUUCUCGAAAAAUUAUGCAUCUUCAUCAUGGUGUUUGAGGGAACUUGUAAAAAUCCUCAAGUGCAUGGAGACAGGAGAGCACAAACAUGAGGUUCGAAUAAUCUUUUUCGACGUGAAGCCUGAUGCGGUGAGGAAACAGACUAGGAGCUUUGCAGAAGCGUUUGCCAAACAUGAAAUUUCAAAUAGAACAGAGGUUGCUAAAUGGAAAGAAGCUUUAUUCAUGGCUGCCAACUUAUCUGGAUGGGAUCUCCAAGACAUGGCAAAUGGGUUUGAGUCCAAAUUCAUUGAUAGCAUAUCCAAAGAAAUCCUCAAAGCAUUAUGUCAUGAACCUUUGCAUGUUGGCGAGAACCUUGUAGGAGUGGAUGCUUGUGUAAAUGAAAUGAACUUGUUGCGGUUUGUUGGGUCAGGUAACGUGCACAUGAUAGGGAUUUGUGGUAUUAGCGGAAUAGGAAAGACAACCCUUGCCAAAGCUAUUUAUAACUCGAUGAGUAUCCACUUUGAGGAAUGUAGCUUUUGUGAAGAUGUCCAAGAAGUGGCAAAACAACAAGGUCUAACUCAAGUCCAAAUGCAACUAAUUGGUAAAAUCAUGAAAACAAGAGUUGUAGAGAUAUCAAGUGUUAGUGAAGGAAUUAUGGUCAUAAAGGAGAGGAUGCCAACAAAGCCGAUCCUACUUGUUCUAGAUGAUGUGGAUCACCGCGAUCAGUUAGAAGCACUCGCCGGUUCACCUAAUUGGUUUUUUCCAGGAAGUUUUAUUAUUUUCACAGGUGAAGACAAACAAUUGUUAUGGUCUCAUAAAGUGGAUGAAAUUUAUGAAAUGCCAACUUUACCUGAUUAUAAAGCUUUGGAGCUUUUCAGUAUGUAUGCUUUUGGCCAACACCAUCCUAUAAAGGAUUUCGAGGGGCUCUCUUACCAAGUUGUGAAGUGUUUGCAAGGGCACCCUUUGGCUCUUAAAGUUUUGGGUUGUUGUUUGUAUGACAAGCCUAGAUGUGUAUGGCUAAGCGAAGUGGAUAGACUCCAAAAAUAUCCUAAUACGGAGAUACAACAAAAGCUUCAACCAAGUUUCGAUGGGCUAGACUACAGCCAAAAAAGAAUCUUUCUUGACAUCGCAUGCUCAUUCAUAGGGGAAAAUAAAGAUUUUACGGCUAGUGUACUAGACAAUGCUGAUUGUUUUGUAUAUGCUGACAUGGAAGCAAUAGAAGCAGUAGAAGUUCUCGCCCUUUUUCUAGAGGAAUCUACACAGAACGUUCACAUAGAAGGUGAUGCCUUUGAAGAUAUGAAAAAUCUACGUAUACUAAAAAUUUGUGAUACGGAACUCGGAAACCUUUGCCAUCCAUUUAAAUUAAAGCUAUGGAAGGAGUCUAAGGUGAAUUAUUCUGGAAGGUUGAAAUCUUUAUCAAAUAAGCUAAGGUUACUAUAUUGGCAUGGAUGCCCUUUCGAGUUCCCUUCAAGUUUUUAUCCAGAAAACAUUGUGGCCAUUGACUUGUCUUACAGCUACUUAAGAACUCUUUGGACAACAUCUAUGUGUUUUGGAAGGUUGAAAGUCAUGAAUCUAAGGCAUUGUCGUAACCUAACAAGUACCCCCGAUUUCACUGGGAUUACAAAUCUCAAAGAGCUAAUUCUUGAAGGCUGUGUGAAUUUGGUUAAAGUCCAUCCGUCUUUUGGAAUUCUCAAGAGGCUUGUUGUUCUAAAUAUGAGAGGUUGCAAACGUUUUAGGAGAUUCCCCUGCAAAGUCGAAAUGGAUUCUCUUGAAGUAAUGAAUCUCUCUGGUUGCUCAAAAGUGCACAAACUUCCUGAAUUCUUUCGCACAAUCCAGAUUUUAAGGGAGGUUUGUGUUGAUGGAACCUCCAUAAUGGAGCUUCCUUCUUUUAUAUUCUCUCAAUGCAACCUUCAAGUAUUGAAAUUUGGCCGGCUUGAAGAAAACCGAUCUAGAUGGUGGACUUCAAUUUCUCAACCUUCAUGGUUACCAAGUAAGAUGCAACAUCCCCAACGUCCGGUAAUGACUUCAUUAGCAGGUUUACGUUUCUUACAAGAAUUAGAUCUUAGCUAUUGCAAUAUAUUGGAAGUGUCUGAUAGCAUUGGAGGCUUAUCAUGUCUAGAAUCUCUAUAUCUUAGCCACAACAAUAUAAUGGAAGUGUCUGAUAGCAUUGGACGCUUAUCAUGUUUACAAAUUCUGUCCUUGGAUGGGAACAACUUUACUAACCUUCCAAGUGGAUGUUUGAGUCAACUUUCUCGUCUUCAAUUUCUUGGACUUUCUGAUUGCAAGGAGCUGGAAGUGUUGCCGGAACUUCCACCUAACCUUUUGAGUCUUGAUGCAAGGGAUUGCACCUCCUUACAGGGACCACCCAGUUAUAAUAAUCACUUAUCCUUGUCCACGCAUUUUAACGGUUGUCGAAAAUUGUUUAGGAAUCUUAGCAUUGAAAGGCAGGUUUGUAUGUCGCAGCCUCAACCUUAUCUCAACUCAUCUAUAACCUCCCAUUCUUGUAGAAACCGGUUUUCUUCUUUGAUUCAAUACAUGAAGUUCCCGAGUAACACGUGUGAAAUCUUCAAGGCACAAGAAACACAUGACAUUGGUCGUGACACUAUCAAUAUGGUAUAUCAUGGAAAUAGUAUUCCCCAAUGGUUUACAAAUCAAAGUAUGGGAAAUAGUGUAAAAGUCGAACUGCCUCCAGAUUGGUGCUACAAUAAGUUUAGGGGAUAUGGAAUCUGCGUUGUUUUCACACCCAAGAAGUCUUAUGGGAGUAAAGAUUACUACUAUACACCAAAGUAUUAUGUGAACAACUUUGAUGGGAGUUCUUUGGUUGAACGUUAUCCUUAUAUCUAUGAUUGCAUUGGAAUCCCUAAAUCAGAUAUCAUAUGGUUUCGUUUUACAAUAAACGGAAGUCAGAAAUGGAUGAAAGCAAACAAUUUUGUUACUUUUUCAUUUGAAGACAAUGAUGAUUUUGAGGUGAAAGAGUGUGGCAUAAGACUUGUUUUUGAUGAAGAUAUACAAGGAGACGAAACGAAUUUAAGUAUCACUCGGGACCUCCCAACUCCAACACAAGAUGGAGGUGACAUCCACUUAUGGAGGAAUGCUCGAUAUACUUGUUGGUCAUGGUAG